AUGGGGGGUGCUGAGGACGCAGGCGCUUUAACGGCAAAAGAGCGCGAAAUGGAGGCAGUAGCGCGACACGGGAUGAAUAAGGACGAGGCGGUAUUCGCAGUGGAGGCACCCCUCGAGGCGCAGACCUUCCUGUGGUCGGAGAAGUAUAGACCGAGAAAACCGAGGUAUUUCAAUCGCGUACACACUGGAUUCGAGUGGAAUAAGUAUAAUCAAACGCAUUACGAUAUGGACAAU